UGGGAGGGGAGGGGAGUGGGAGGAGUCAUGCUGCAUAGCUCCAAGCUGUAAGGUGUGUGUCCCCCUAUAUAAAGCCCUGCCACAUUGGCAGUCUGCUCUGCUCCUGCCUCAGACCCACACACACACACCCCCGACCACGAGUAACCAUGGCUCAGCAACCAGUCAGUCUUCCUGCAAAGCUCAUUAACGGAGGUGUAGCAGGGAUGGUCGGAGUCACGUGUGUGUUCCCCAUCGAUUUGGCCAAAACGAGACUUCAGAAUCAACGCAGCAGCCAGCAAGUGUACAAAAACAUGAUGGACUGUCUGAUCAAGACGGUUCGGUCUGAAGGCUAUUUCGGCAUGUAUAGAGGAGCAGCAGUCAAUUUGACCCUGGUGACCCCCGAGAAGGCCAUUAAACUAGCCGCUAACGACUUUUUCCGUCAUCAACUCAGCAAAGGAGACUCCAGAUUGAGUGUAUUUAAAGAGAUGCUGGCAGGAUGUGGAGCGGGAGUGUGUCAGGUGAUCAUAACCACACCCAUGGAGAUGCUCAAAAUUCAACUUCAGGAUGCAGGAAGGCUUGUGGCUCAGAGGAAUGUAGCUGUGAUCCCGGCUCUGAAGUUCGGAGCAGGAAGCACGGUGAUAAACUGUGCCUACAGCCUCGGACCAACCACACACAUCAGAAGAACCUCGGCCCUACAGAUCACACAGGAGUUACUGCGCACUCACGGCGUUCAGGGGCUUUAUAAAGGACUCGGAGCCACGCUAAUGAGGGAUAUUCCAUUUUCCGUCAUCUACUUCCCUCUGUUUGCUCACCUGAACCAGUUGGGAAAACCAUCAGAGGCUGAAAACGCGCCGUUUUAUUGGAACUUCGCUUCAGGCUGUGGUGCUGGAUGUGUAGCUGCUAUCGCAGUCAGUCCCUGUGAUGUGGUGAAGACAAGGCUGCAGUCGCUCAGUACAGGCGCACACGAGGAGACGUACAGCGGGGUGAUGGACUGUGUCAGUAAGAUCGUCCGUAAAGAAGGCCCCGCUGCUCUUCUGAAGGGUGCCGGCUGCAGAGCGCUCGUCAUCGCGCCGUUAUUCGGCAUCGCACAGGUCGUUUAUUUCAUCGGAGUUGGGGAAUUCGUCCUGGGACGGUUUCCCAACUUCAGAUUCUAAAUGCCAUAAAGUCAGACAUUGGAACCAGGUGAACAUUAAAGAUGAAAGUCUGAGGCAGCUACACUGUGACCAUUUGGAGAAUGACACGCUGUGAGUUAGAGAUUUUCUAUGGAAAUGCUAACGUUAGCAUCUUACAGGUAGCUUUAUUAAGAAGCUGGGACAAUCUUGUUUUUAUAAAUCGUUUAAAAAAAAAUAAAUAAAUCUCCAGGGCCAGCCUUCAGUUUCCCUCAAUGAGGGAAGGGACGCCUUAGACAAUAAUCAGUACUGUUUUUAAUAUGCCUUCAUCAGCUUCCCCUUCACGAAGUAUAAUUUCUGUGAAUUAUACAGUUAUUUGCGCUUGGUAAAUAAGCUGAACUGUUCUAGAAUCUAUUCUAUAGGGCGAUAUAUGACGCUCUGAGCUUCAAUCUGAUUGGAGAACCGAGGACCCUCUGCCAAUCAGAUUGAUUUAUUAUUAUUUACUGAUUUGAUUGAUUGAUGCUUACAGCGUCAUAUAUUGCCGUGAACGGGUUAUUAUUGAAGUGAAUGGACGGCUGGAGCGUCUGCUCUGAGCGUCUCUUACCGCCGCGGGCGGGUUUACAUUGGAGUCAAUUGAGAACGUUUCAUACAGACGUGGAGGGGUCCCUUUUGCGUCAGUAUCAGACGCCUCGGGGCGUGACAAAUCGUCGGUAUUUUACAAGUUGGGAAUGAGAACAGCAAAAAUGUAUGUUAAGACAAUCCUGCACCUAUCACGUUCUCACGGGCCAGAUAAAAUAACGUGGCGGGCCUUGAGUUUGACACAUGUGAUCUAUAGUGAUGUAGAUUCGAUCCCUCAUCUAAAGUGGAGAAGCUGACGAGGGUAUAUUCAACACACCACUGAACCAAAGCCCCACUGUCUUCUUCUUGCCUGCCUGUCCGAGUUUGUCUGAGACAGAUGGGAAACAUUUCAUUUCAUUGGGCAGCCUUGGAGACAUGUAUUUCAAUCCUGAUUAAACCGUGUAGUCCAUUUUCAUUAAUGCGGUUACAACAGAGGAUCCAAAAAGCUCAGAAUUUCAGAUGCCUCUUGUAAAAAAAUAUUGAUUUGAUAUUUGGUAUUUGCCGAAUCCAGGAUUGCGGUUGUGCUAUCCGUUCAGACCAAAUCAGGAAAAGGGUUUAAAGAUAAUUUAGAGAAAAGAGAGGCUCCCAAGUGACGCAACAGAAAAGCUUCGCCAUAUUGCCGUGAUAUCGUGAGUUUGAAUCCAUCCGUGGCUGGGAGCCAAGGGAGCAAAAUUGGCUGCGCUCUCCGGGUGGGCGGGAUGGCUUACUCUCCCUCCCCUGUCAAUCACAGUGACACUAACCAAUCGUAGACAUCGGUGAGCUUGUGGAUGCGGAAGACGGCGGAUAGCGCUUUCCUCUGUGUGUGUUACGCUGCCCUGUGACACAUCAUGAGCAGCUGUUCGAGAGGAAAAAAAAAACAGUUGGCUGUCUUCAUGUGUCUGAGGAAAGACGUGUUAGCCUUCACCCUUCUGGUUGGAAGUUGUUAUAUGAUAGGGGAGAGCUGGCUGGUGGAUGGGAAUUGGCAUGUAAUCACGGUAUCUUUAACAUUACAGUGUUAAUCGGUGAACCACACAGUGUUAACCUCAGAAUCACACAGUUGGGUCAAAAAGUCUGAAUGAACCAUUUUUCUCAACUGAGACAUGUUUAUCCCAUAGAUAUGGCACAUUAGAGCCCUAGAUAGGCAACCAAAUGUGCACUACAGACACCCCUGUGCAGUCAAAACCCUUUUUCUUUUAAUAUGUGACAGAAUAAAAGGGGUUGCAGUGCAUUCUGAAUAGAAUGGCAUACAUUUUUUUUUACUAUUGUUGUUGUUGUGAAGAUGUAAAUAAAAACCCAAAGUUAUACCAUACGAGUCCAUACACUGUGA